CAGACGCAAGUUAUUAAAAGUUGAAGUCUUUUCGUCUCAUUUUCCCCCGACCUGUUGGAAAAAAUGUGGGAAUACGACCCCAAUAAAAGAAUGCCAUCGAAAGAAGGAGACGUUCAAUUACAUUCCAUCAAGGAUGAGCUCACUGGAAAAGAAAAAGAAUUGCUUGAAUUGUGUGGGCGUGAUUCGCGAUCGGAUCUAACGGGAAAAAUAAAAGAAUUAAUUCAGUUCGGGAUUAACGUGAACGCAAAGGAUAAAGACGGAAGGAAUGCACUUCAUCUUUUGUGUCGGUACUAUUCAAACCCAAAAUUAACCGACGCAAUUCAACUCGUGGUCAAAAGUGGAAUCGACGUAAAUGCAAGAGACAGGAAUGGAAUGAAUGCCAUUCAUUAUUUGUGUCAAUAUCAAUCAAGCCAAAACUUAAUCGACGCAAUUCAAAUUUUAAUUCAACUCGGAAUCGAUGCGAACGCAAAAAGCAACGAUGGAUCAAAUGGGCUCCAUUAUUUAUGUCGAUACAAUUCAAACCCAAAUUUACUCGACGUAAUCGGUGUUUUGGAUACAUUCGGAGUGAGUAUGAUGGUGCCGGACAACGCUGGAUGGGGUGCGUUAUACUAUUUGCAAAAUAAAGAUAAGAAAGAGAUGAAAAUUUGGUUCGACCGUGAAAAAAAAAUAGGUCAAGGUGGCUUUGGUAUGGUAUUUAAAGGGAAGUUCGGAGGUCGUGAAGUGGCAGUCAAAAGAGUUGAAAUACAUCGUGUCGACAAAAGAGAAGAAGAAGCAAUGCUAAAGUUAAAUCACCCAAACAUCGUCAAACUUCUUCACUGUGAAAAGGACCAAGAUUUUAUGUACUACGCAUUGGAAUUAUGUUACGCUUCCUUAGAUCAAGUUUUCCUGAAGUCGGAUGAUCCCAAAAAAUACAAAGGACGUACGCCACCUAAUAUCAAAAUUUUCCAUCAACUGGCUGAAGGCCUGGCAUACAUCCAUUCAAAGAGUUUAACUCAUCGAGACAUUAAACCGAACAACGUUCUAAUUAAGCGAUCUCCAGGCCAAGAUGAAAAGACAAUAAUCAAAUGGGCUGAUUUUGGGCUGGCAAAAAAGGUUACUGAACGGGGAUCAUAAACAUGG